AUGGCUAACAUGACGUCCAAACGCAUUCAGCUUUGCAGAUCUCUCUCUUCUUUCUCUUUCUCUCUCUCUCCCUCCCUCUCUUUCUCUCUCUCUCUCCCUCCAUCUCUUUCUCUCCCUCUCUCUUUCUCUCUGUCUCUGUCUUUCUCUAAAACAUGGCUAUUUAGGGCGGCCAUGGCUUUCCACAUAUCUAAUAUUUUUGUAAUUUUAUUUCUCUCUAUAUCUAUCCAUCCAUCUAUCGUGUGUUAUCUAUCUAUCUAUCCAUAUCUAUCUAUCUAUCUAUCUAUCUAUCUAUCCAUCCAUCCAUCCAUCCCAGUCCUAUCUUCUAUCCAUCUAUCUAUCCUCAGUCCUUUUCAUCAUCCAUCUAUCUAUCUAUCCAUCCAUCUAUCCAUCUAUCCCAUCCAUCCAUCCAUCCCCAGUCAUAUCCAUCAUCUAUCUAUCUAUCCAUCCAUCCAUCCAUCUAUCUAUCUAUCCAUCUAUCUAUCUAUCUAUCAUCCAUCUUUCAUCCAUCCAUCUAUCUAUCUAUCUAUCUAUCUAUAUCUAUCUAUCUAUCUAUCUAUCUCUCAGUGUGUUCAUAUCUAUCUAUCUAUCUAUCUAUCUAUCUAUCUAUCUAUCUAUCUAUCUAUGUCUCAUCUCCUUUCAUAUUCAUAUCUAUCUAUCUAUCUAUCUAUCUAUCUAUCUAUCUAUCUAUCUAUCUAUCUAUCUAUCUAUCUAUCCCUAUCUGUCUGUUCAUAUCUAUCUAUAUCUAUCUAUCAUCUAUCUAUCUAUCUAUCUAUCUAUCUAUCUAUCAAAAUGUGGAAGUACAAGUCCGUAUUUGUUGAUAUUUAUAUUAAUUUUCUCUUUACUAUGCGUUCAAUAUGGCGUUACCUGAUGUUUCUGAUCCUGCCCAAAGAUAGCGAACAGCGGGUUUUAUUUCAAGAUGACCGUGCCCUUCCUUCAUUCUUCGCUAUUUUCUUUUUCUUUGGUUUAUCUUUUAAUUUAACCUCUAACCUUUUUGCCGGCGUUCUGAGCCGUUUCAUUGAAAAGACUUGA